AUGGUUCAUUUAAGUAUUAAAAAAACGAUAGCCAUCAUUGGUGCUGGUCCAUGUGGUUUAUCACAAUUACUUGCGUUUAAACAAGCUGAACAAGAUCAACUUGUUGAACUCGUUUGUUUCGAAAGACAAGCUGAAUGGGGUGGUUUAUGGCAAUAUACUGCUUUAACAGGUACAGAUUCUUGCGGUGAACCAAUUCAUUCAAGCAUGUAUCGACAACUUUGGUCAAAUGGCCCAAAAGAAGUUUUAGAAUAUGUUGAUUAUACAUUUGAACAACAUUUUGGUGUUUCUAUUCCAUCCUAUCCACCACGUGCUGUUUUAUAUGAUUAUAUAACAGGUCGUGCAAAAGCUGGUGAUAUUCGUAAAUUUAUUCAAUUUCGAACAGCUGUACGAAGUGUUGAUUUUGAUGAUAACACUAAAAAAUUUCAUGUUACUAUUGAAGAUCUUACAAAUCAAUUAACAAAAUAUUUAACAUUUGAUCAUGUAAUAGUUGCAUCUGGACAUUAUACAAUACCAAAUAUGCCUGAUUUUGAAGGUAUAUCAAAAUUUCCAGGACGAGUUUUACAUUCACAUGAUUAUCGUGGAGCUGAUGAAUUUGUUAAUAAGAAUCUAUUAAUUAUCGGUAGUAGUUAUUCAGCUGAAGAUAUAGCUAUGCAAUGUUAUAAAUUUGGUGCUCGUUCCAUUACAAUUAGUUAUCGUUCCUGUCCAAUGAAUUUCAGAUGGCCAGACAACGUGAAAGAAGUUCCAUUAUUACAAAAAAUUGAAGGACGUACUGCAUAUUUUAAAGAUGGAACAAAUGUUGAUAAUCUUGAUUGUAUUAUUGUAUGUACUGGUUAUCGACAUAAUCAUUCUUAUAUGGCUGAAAAUCUUCGUUUUCGUACUGUGGGCAAUCUUUAUGUACCACCUAGUCUUUAUAAAGGAAUUUUUUGGUAUGCUGAACCUCAACUUGCUUAUUUAGGUAUGCAAAAUCAAUUGUAUACUUUAAAUAUGUUCGAUAUUCAAGCUGCACUUGUACGUGAUGUUUUUCUUGGAUAUGUUACAUUACCAGAUGAUAAAAGUCAAAAACAACGUCAGAAAGAUAUUUCUGAAUGGCAAGCACGUGAACAAACACUUUCUUUAGAUGAUCAUGAAGCUUUUAGUGAUCUUCAAACGGAUUAUAUACGUGAUAUUGUUAGUUGCUGUGAUCAAAAUACAGUACCAAAAUUUGAUCUUGAACGAUCUAAUGCUGGAAUGUAUAAAUUCUUUCGAGAUAAACGAGAUAAUAUCUUAACUUAUCGUGAUCAACCAUUUCAUUCAAUUUUUUUUCCAGACAAGGAAGCACCAAUAUCUGAAACACCUUGGAUUAAAAAUACGGAUGAUUCAAUAGAAGGAUUUCUUCAAUCAAUUAAAACUGUAUAA